UGAAGUUUGAUUGUACCUUGUGUCUAUGGGAUGCCUUGUAAAUUCAUUAUUUAAGUGUUUGAGAAGGUGAAGGGAGUCCAAAUGGAGUUGGUUUCUUACUGAGUUGAGGCCUUUUCUGAUAUCUACAGUGUGCACUGCCUCCAACAUGCUCCAAAUGGUUUUUCCUGCUGCACAGGUUUAACGUUCUGGUUAAGUUCAGCCAAUCCUGCAUGAUGAUCAUGCAGGAUUGAGAGAAAGGGCUCCUGUAUCUGGAUGAUGGAGCUGUCAGUUAUGGCUACUGUCUAGUUCAACCCCCUCGCGUAUGAAAUUAAUUCAGACGGGAGCAGUUUCCUUUAGUCAGUGGCUUUGUUUUAGUAACUUAAAAUGACCCAAAGCUGAUACUUUUGGUCCCUAAACAGGUAUUUUGAAGAGUGCUAUCAUUUUUCCACUUUUCAAAGCUAUUGGUACUUUCACUUUACCUGCAUGUAAGUGUCCCUUUUUUUUUUUUUUUCCCAAAUGGGGGGGAAAGUACUUGUGCGUGUUUAUUUUUGUUUGGUUUGUUUAUUUUUAUAAAAAGAAACAAACUUGCUGCUAGUUGUCCAUCCUUAAUUUCUUUUAAGGUUGUGUUGUCUUUAUAGAAACUGGCUUUGACCCAGAAAGCUCACAUCCCUUUUAUUAUUCCACAUUUCUAAGCUCAGAUUUGCAAUUAUUAAAAUAAACUUUUGUGAACCAUAAACUGGUUGUUUUGGCAUUUUCUGAGUUUAGAGUGUACAUGUAUGUAAAUUAUAAAAAGAUGCAAUAAUUAAAGUUAAUUUAAUCAGAUAAAAGUUCAUUGAAGAUUUUAAAUUACCUGGAUUUUGAUUUAAAAUUCAUAUCGAAAUUCAUCUGCCCUUUAUAGGGGAAACAUGCAAAUGUUGUAUCCACUAAAACCACCAGACACCUCUGCUGUCUGCACUGCAAAUCACAACCAGGCUGCAGAGAUAACAGAUACGGCAGCGUUCUCUGAAUGGCUGACAAACACACAUCAGGAGCCGACAAGAAGGACUCUAAUGGUUCUUUAUUGGAUCCUAAGAUUUGUGAGCCUGAUGAAUGUAAAGAAGAGGAGUCGGGAGACCGAAACCUAUGGCCAAGAUCCCUGGCUCGAAAAUGGAUCGUGAUGCUGUUUAUGGGCACCUGCUUCCUCUAUUGUGCGCGGAUGGCCAUGCCUGUCUGCGCUGUCUCAAUGGCUGCUACGUUUCAUUGGAGUAAAAUUGAUUCCGGGGUGGUUUUGGGUGGAUUCUUCUGGGGUUACUGUCUCACACAGAUCCUGGGAGGACACGCGAGUGACAGAGUGGGAGGAGAGCGUGUCCUGUUCUUCUCUGCAUCAUCAUGGGCUCUGAUCACAGCUGGCACUCCUCUGCUGGCCCAUCUUGGCUCUCACACCCUGGCUCUCAUGACUGUGGCCAGGUUUCUCAUGGGAAUAUCACAAGGUGUUUUUUUCCCAUCUUUGGCCAGCCUGUGCUCACAGCGUGUUGUGGAAGGGGAGAGAGGGUUUUUAAUGAGCACAUUGCAAAGCGGUACACAUCUUGGAACAUUGUUAGCUGGUGGGUUGGGGACCCUGAUGCUCGACCGCUAUGGCUGGGAAAGCAUGUUCUACAGUAUUGGUUUCCUGUCCGGACUCUGGGCUCUCAUUGUUUGGCAGUGUUUACUAAAAGGUGAACUUACCCCAAAGGUGAUGGAAACAAAGAAGAACUCAGAGUGGAGUCUGUCAAGAAUACCCUGGCUGAGCCUUUUUAAGAAGCCGCCUGUCUGGGCCAUGGUGUUUGCUCACAUGUGUAUGUGCAGCACAUCCUACACACUGUUAUCAUGGCUGCCAACAUACUUCAAAGAAUCAUUUCCUCAUGCCACGGGAUGGGUCUAUAAUGUUGUUCCAUGGCUAACUGCAAUCCCAUCAGCACUCGUUGGAGGAUACGUUUCAGAUUUCCUCAUUAACCGAGGAUAUGGUGUAGCAUCUGUGAGAAAGAUAAUGCAGUUUUUUGCCAUGGGAGUAUCAAGUAUGUUUAUUUUACCUCUCUCUGGAGUUGUCACAUUUCCUGCAGCUGUGAUUUACAUUUGUGCUGCUGUGGGUCUCACCACCUUCACCAGCGGUGGUGUUUCUGUGAAUGUACAGGAUCUGACACCAUCGUGUGCAGGCGCCCUGUUUGGUUUUAUGAAUAUGAUGGGCUCUUUUGUGGGGGUGGUGCUGGUGUCUUUAUCAGGAUACCUGAUUGAAGUCACACAGUCAUGGUCCAUGGUCUUUGCCCUCAUCACUUUAGUAAAUGCCACGGGUCUCGGUGUCUUCCUCAUCUUUGGAGGUGCUCGCCGUGUGGACCUAGUGGAGUAUUCCAGGAUUAUUGAGAUAUGACCCAGAGUAAUUUAUGAUAAUUACGUUUUUCAGAACAUGUUAGUCUUUAUUUAUUUAUUUAUUUAUUUAUUUAUUUAUUGAUGAAUCAGGUAAUACACAAUACAUCGCACAAAAAUGUUUAUCUGUAUGUAUGUUUGGCCAUGUUUAAAGUUCUACUUUUGGAUAGUUGCAGUGCAGCCUUUGAAUGGUGAGCACAUGUCCUUAGUUAUCGUGCAGUUUUCCCCCCCCCCCAAUUUUGUGUGCAUAUGAGUCGAAAACUUUGUCUAUUUGACAAAAUAAUUUUAGCCACUCUUACCAAAUAAUAUAUUAUAUUAUAUUAUUAAGCAGCAGAUUUAGUGUAUUAGAAAGUAGAGCAUCAAGAGGGUAUAGAGGUCAUAAUUUGUCACAAUAACCUGUCAGGUUAUUUAAACUUUUCUGAGAGGCAGCUGGACUCCUGGGCUGCUUUCAGGGUUUAAUAGAAAAUGUAAUAUGUGAUGGGAGACUUCGGCCAAUCACAGAUCUUUUCAGAACAGGUAACAAAAAAGUGUAUAUAAAAACAGGUAGAGUAUGCAUCAGGUGAAGGACUUUUACCUGGAAGAUCAGGGUUCAGGAUCAGGGUCUUGUCUAGUGGGAGGAGCUUAUAGGAGGAGUUUCAGGUUAUCUGUAAUUCCUUUGUUUUGUUUUGUUUAAAUGUUGCAUACUUUAGUUUUAACCAGCACUGAAGACCUAAUGUUAAACUUUAGCAGGAUUAAUAAAACAACUCUUUUAUAUGUAUUUAUAAUGACAUUAUAAACAUCUUUAUUCAGGUGUUUUCAAUGGUGCUGUAAAGUUUGGGUCGUAAAAGUGUUUUAAAUGUUUAUACUUGAUCUGUGCAGUUGUUGAUAUUUAACAUCUACAAAAAGGUGUUUUGUUUUGUGGGUGUUUUUCCUUUAGUUUCUAUUUAAAUUUGGUUUUAUUUAAAACAUAAUAGUGGCUUUUUACUUUCACCAUUGGUUUACAAUAUUAGGAAUGUGUAUUCAGCUGAUUUUAAUAAUGUGUCAUUUGGUUUGUAAAAAUGUUGCAGUACUUUUUUGAAAGCAUAGGCUUGUAUAUGGCUUGUAUAGGAACUUUUAGUCUUGUAAAAAAAGUAACAUAAAAACUACUUUUUUAAUGUGUCAGGCUUAAAUUGGGAAAAGUGCACUACAAAAGUCCACUUCUAUCGUGAAGAAAAAAAAUUAUUUUUUUUGUUCCAUAAAUAAAAAUAUAAAUUUAAUAAAUAAA